CGCCGGCCCGCAAGCAUGCCGCCCGCUCCCGCCGCAGCCGCGACUUGGACGCUGCUGCUGCUCGGCGCACACGCUGCCCACGCACUGCACGAUCCAGCACGCUUCGUCGACCCGCUCAUCGGCACGCUCAACGGCGGCCACGUCUUCGCUGGCGCCGGCCUGCCUGGUGGCAGCGUCAAGGCUGUCGCCGACACGGCCGGCGGCGACAACCAGGGCGGCUACGUUUCGGACGGCUCGGCCGUGCUCGGCAUCUCGCAGCUGCACGACGACGGCACUGGCGGCAGUCCCAGUCUCGGCCAGUUCAAGCUGCUACCAAGCCGCUGCAACUUUGGCGUCGAGCCGAAGCACGGCGGCUGCCACACGCGAGAGACGAAGCGCGCCCUCAACCAGACUCGCCCGGCGCGCGCCGAGCCCGGCUACUUUGCCGUCUCGCUCGACGGCGACAUCGAGGCAGAGGUAACGACGACGGCUCACACUGCGCUGCACUGGUUCACCUUUGCCGAGCCAGGCGAACAGGCGGAGCGCUUUGCUGGAGCAGCUGGCCGUACCGCCCAGUACGCGCUCGCAAGCAAACAGAAAGCUAGCCCGGUCAUUCUCUUCGACCUGACCAACGACCUGGCGCAUUCCUACACGGGUAGUGGUGCUGUCGAUAUCUCUACAGAGACGGUUGACGAUGGAAGUAGUCUCACGACAAUAAAGGGCUGGGGCUCCUACUUGCCGUCGUUCGGGCCGCAAGACACGCCGUAUACGGUCCACUUCUGCGCUACGACGCCGGGUGUGCUUGACACUGUGACCUUUGUAAACGGAACGAUCCGCCACGAGUCGAGCCUGAAAAACCCGCCGAUCUAUAGCGAGGCCGGCGUCGUCCUGAAGCUCGAUGAGCACGCGCUGCGGUCAAGCGCGCAUCAAACCUGGCUCCGCAUCGGCGUGUCAUGGACCAGUGUCGAGAAGGCCUGCGACUUUGCUGAGGCCGAGAUUCCGAACGUCUCCGCCCGCGCUGACUUCGACGCCGUCCGAUCCGCUGCUCGAGACGAGUGGAACGCCAUCCUCAGCUCGACAUUCCGGACAAACGUGACGGGCGUCACGCACGACCAACUGAAGCUCUUCUACUCGAGCCUCGCGCGCACGUACAUCAGCCCGACCAACGUUACCGGCGACUGGCCUCUCUGGGAAACCAGCGAGCCGGUGUUUGACUCGUACUACUGUCUCUGGGACUCGUUCCGCGUGGUGCAUCCCCUCUACACGCUGCUGAAUACGCCGCUCCAGACGGACGUCGUGCGCUCUCUCAUGGACAUCUAUCGCCACGAAGGCUUCCUGCCCGACUGCCGUAUGAGCAAGUGCAAAGGCAAGUCCCAGGGCGGCAGCAAUGCCGACUCGAUGCUGGCCGACUCCUAUGUCAAGGGCAUCCGCGACGCACGCAUCGACUGGGCCGAAGUGUUGGAGGCGAUGCGCAAGAAUGCCGAAGUCAGCCCGCCGGACUGGGGCUUAGAGGGACGCGGCGGCAUCGAGGCGCGCAAGAGGCUCGGCUACAUCCCGCGAGACGGCGGAGGCGAUCUGCCCGAUGGGCCCACUGUCCUCGGUGGCCGCAGCGUCAGUCGCACGCUCGAGCACAGCUACAACGACUUCUCGAUUGCGCUUGUUGCCGCUGGAGUGGGCCAGAUGGACACGUACAAGGACUUUGCAGCGCGCUCACUCGACUUUCGCAACCUGUGGAACGCCAAUGUGAUGUCUGACGGCUUCAGCGGCUUCCUCGACUCGCGCUAUGAGAACGGAUCGUGGUCGAUUGGCAAAGACUCCGAGGAUCCGCGCAAGUGCUCGCCGGCCUUUGAGUUCGGCCAGUGCUACCUGCUUCCGUAUGACAUCGUGCCGCAGUUCUACGAGGCCUCGAGCUGGGAGUACUCAUUCCUCGCCGCCAACGACAUGGCCACGAUCGUCGACCUGAUGGGCGGCGCCGAGACGUUCAUCAAGCGACUCGACCAUGGCUGGGACCGCGAGUACCUGGACAUCGGAGACGAGCAGGGCUUCCUGCCGAACUUCUUGUACAGCUAUGCCGUCGGCGGCUAUCCGCACACAGUGGACCGCGCACUGAAGACCUACCGCACCUUCUUCAACACCACGGCCGGCGGCAUCCCUGGCAACGACGACUCGGGCGCCACGGCCGCGUACGCCGUGUUCACCUCGCUGGGCAUCUACCCGGUCGCCGGCACGUCUGUGUACUUGCUGUCGACGCCGCUGUUCCCCGAGUACUCAAUCACGUCUGGUGUCUCCGGCAAGGUCGCCACCGUGAAAGCACUCAACUGGGACGGCGCGAAGAAGAACAAGUACAUCGUGUCGGCGACGCUGAACGGCGAGCCUUACACCAAAAAUUGGCUCGAGCACAACGCUUUCUUCGUCGAGGGCGGAGAGCUGGUGCUCACCAUGGGCGCGACGCCAUCGGCCUUCGGCACGCGCCUCGAGGAUCUGCCACCAUCGCUUUCCACCGGCGGCUUCAGAGAGAACGCUGGGCGCGGCUACUGAGUGCCUUCUCGCAUAAUGCACUUCUGCGAG